GCUCCGGCUGCUGCAGGAGGCGGCGCUGGCUGGCGGCUGCGCUCGCUCCAGUCGGCAAGCGGAGCAGCGAGCGAGCGUGUGUGUGUUUUUUAAAGAUGGCCGGAGCGGUGGCGGCGGUGGCCGCGGGAGCAGCAGCGGGAGCCGCCGCGGCAGCAGUGUCGGUGGCGGCUCCGGGCCGGGCCUCGGCGCCCCCGCCGCCCCCGCCGGUGUACUGUGUGUGCCGGCAGCCGUACGACGUGAACCGCUUCAUGAUCGAGUGCGAUAUCUGCAAGGACUGGUUCCACGGCAGCUGUGUUGGAGUAGAAGAACAUCAUGCUGUCGACAUUGACCUGUAUCACUGUCCCAACUGUGCCGUUCUGCAUGGCUCCUCCUUGAUGAAGAAGAGGAGGAACUGGCACAGGCACGACUACACGGAAGUCGAUGACGGUUCCAAGCCGGUGCAGGCUGGGACCAGAACCUUCGUGAAGGAAUUGCGUUCUCGAGUCUUCCCAAGUGCCGAUGAAAUUGUCGUGAAGAUGCAUGGCAGCCAGCUGACGCAGAGGUAUCUGGAGAAGCACGGAUUCGAAGUCCCGAUUAUGGUCCCCAAGUUAGACGACCUAGGACUCAGGCUCCCUGCACCCACUUUCUCUGUUCUCGAUGUGGAACGUCAUGUAGGUGGUGACAAAGUGAUAGAUGUCAUUGAUGUGGCAAGGCAGGCAGACAGCAAAAUGACCCUUCACAAUUACGUUAAAUACUUCAUGAAUCCCAACAGACCAAAAGUGUUAAACGUGAUCAGCCUUGAAUUUUCAGAUACAAAGAUGUCUGAAUUGGUGGAGGUCCCCGACAUAGCCAGAAAACUUUCCUGGGUGGAAAAUUAUUGGCCAGAUGACUCAGUCUUUCCCAAGCCGUUUGUUCAGAAGUACUGCUUAAUGGGAGUGCAAGACAGCUACACAGAUUUCCACAUUGACUUUGGUGGAACUUCGGUUUGGUACCAUGUCCUCUGGGGUGAGAAGAUUUUUUAUUUGAUAAAGCCGACAGAUGAAAACUUGGCACUCUAUGAAUCGUGGAGUUCAUCUGUGACCCAGAGCGAGGUGUUCUUCGGAGAUAAGGUGGACAAGUGCUACAAAUGUGUGGUAAAGCAGGGACACACCUUAUUCGUCCCCACAGGGUGGAUUCAUGCUGUGCUCACUUCUCAGGACUGUAUGGCCUUCGGGGGGAACUUCCUGCAUAACCUUAACAUCGGCAUGCAGCUCAGGUGUUAUGAGAUGGAAAAAAGGCUAAAAACACCAGAUCUUUUCAAAUUCCCUUUCUUUGAAGCCAUAUGUUGGUUUGUAGCCAAAAACUUGCUGGAAACCUUGAAAGAGCUGAGAGAAGACGGUUUCCAGCCUCAGACUUACCUGGUACAGGGCGUGAAAGCACUGCACACUGCUUUAAAGUUGUGGAUGAAGAAGGAACUUGUAUCCGAACAUGCCUUUGAAAUUCCAGACAACGUUAGACCUGGACAUCUCAUUAAAGAACUUUCUAAAGUAAUUCGAGCAAUAGAGGAGGAAAAUGGCAAACCAGUUAAAUCUCAGGGAAUCCCUACUGUGUGUCCAGUUUCACGAUCCUCAAAUGAAGCAACUUCCCCAUACCAUUCCCGACGGAAGAUGAGGAAGCUUCGCGAUCACACUGUCCGAACCCCUUCUAACUUAGACAUCCUGGAGCUCCACACCAGGGAGGUCCUCAGGAGACUGGAGAUGUGUCCGUGGGAAGAGGACAUCUUGAGCUCUAAACUGAACGGCAAAUUCAACAAACAUCUCCAGCCGUCUUCUACGGUACCGGAGUGGAGAGCAAAAGACAACGAUCUACGACUGCUGCUGACAAACGGAAGGAUAAUUAAAGAUGAAAGACAACCCUUCGCAGAUCAAAGUCUCUAUACAGUAGAUAGUGAAAAUGAAGAGGAUAAGAGGAGGACAAAAAAGGCAAAAAUGAAGGUAGAAGAGAGUUCAGGAAUAGAGGCAGUGGAGAAUGAAGAAUCUCAAAAACCACUUAACAGGUUUUAUACAAGUGUGAAAUCAGAACUCAGGAAUCGAUCUUCGGAAUAUUCUGAUAUUUCUGAUUCAGAAGACUCUGGACCUGAUUGCACUGCACUGAAAAAUAAUUUUACCACUGAGGAGUCUGAAAGUUCAGGUGAUGAAAAGAAACAAAAAAUAUCAUCAAACUUUAAGGAGGAAUCUAAUGUGAUGAGGAACUUCCUUCAGAAGAGCCAGAAGACAUCUAGAAGUGAAAUUCCAGUUAAAAGGGAAUGUCCUACCUCGACGAGCACAGAGGAGGAGGCUAUUCAGGGCAUGCUGUCCAUGGCAGGGCUGCACUACUCCACGUGUUUACAAAGGCGGGUACAAAGCACAGGCUGUGACCGAGAAAGAAGCUCUCUCCAGGACCCCAGCAGCUGCCACAGCAGUCACCACGAGGCUAGGCAGCUGUAUCGCUGUGAUAAACCAGUGGAAAGUGGAUACCAUGUCAAGACCGAAGAUCAGGACUUGAGGACUUCUUCCUGGAUUAAACAGUUUGAUACAUCUUCCAGAUUUAAUCUUCAGGAUCUAAAUAGAGGCCAGAAAUGCAUCAAAAAGGAAGGUUCAUCAGAAAUCAGCCAGAAGGUACAAAGCAGGAAUUCUGUGGACAGCAGUGGCUCAGGCCUUCAGAAUGGGAAGUACACGCAGAAUUCCAGCUUGGCGUCGGGGGCGUGCCAGAUGAGUAAUGGUAGCGGAAGCCCAGAGAGGCCAGCUGGUGAAACUUCCUUUUCAGUGCCCCUUCACCCCACCAAGAGACCUGCAUCAAACCCACCACCUAUCAGCAACCAGGCAACGAAAGGCAAACGUCCAAAAAAAGGAAUGGCGACAGCCAAACAACGCCUUGGGAAGAUCCUUAAGUUGAACAGAAAUGGCCAUGCACGUUUUUUUGUGUGACGGAGCUGCUGUGGGGGCCACUCUUCCUUUUGGAGACCAGUCUCGGGGUGCGGGAGCCCGGAGCUCCCGCCGUGCAUGUCCGGUAGAGAACACUGCCCGAAGAACAAGAUGAACCUGAUGCUGCAUUCUCACUGUGCCACACCCACUCAGCAAUAACCAUUUCGGACCUGGUGGGGGAGAGGAAGAAGGAGGGUAGAACCUUAAAAGGAGACCUCGAACUGAAAAGGGUCUCUCGUCAGGGCUUGAAUUUCAUUUUGUUGUUGGUAGUAUCUUGAUUUAUUUUCAGUGGUAGGGUAAAGAAUUAUCAAUAAUUUAUUUAACAGAUUUUUUUUUAAAGUUAACAGCUUUUAAAUUCUUUCUUUUUUAAAGCUAUUUAUUUGGAAGAUUUCUGGAGAAAUAUCUCACUAAUUUAGAUUUAAGAAUGUGAAGGUUUUUAAAUUAUUUUUGAUAGUAUGGGUGUUACAUGUGGGGAAGAGCCACGGUAACAGUAACUAGUCUAGACUCUUAAAUUUGAUAUUCAGGUUAAAGUCUUAAACAGGGAUUUGAUGCAUUAAUUAUUUUAAAUUAAGAUGUAUAUGAAAAUCAUUUUAUUUUAUAUAUUUCAUGUUUUUUAUAAGCUAUUAGCUUCGCUUUUGCUAACAUCCAAGGUGCAUACUGUUAUCCAGGUUGAUGACCUUAUAUAUCCCGCCUUCCCCCUCUGCACUCUGGACAUUUGUGACGACACAAGACUCUUCUCUUUGCAGGGAAACACUCUCACAGCCAAUGUGUAAGAGCUACGGAAAAGAGCCCACAUUUCUCAUUUCGUUGGACAUUGCAGUUUUUCCCUAAAUAUCAGAAAGGCUUCUUGCAUUUUCAUUUCUGCUGAUGAUCUAGGUCCCAAAGAGAACAGCUUUAAUAUCUUUCUCCUGUUUGUGGGAAAAGUAUUCUAAGUUUGGUUAAAUUGUCAUAUUUCUAGUUUUUCAAAUGCAUUUGUAACUACAGAGGGCCUUCUUCAUAGUGCUGGUGUUGGGGGACAGGACCAACACUUGCCACAAAGGUUAUAUUUUAUGACACGUUUAUUCUGUGUACCUAACUUGUUGGAAAAUAAGAUUUGACUUAGUCUAUUCAACUCUGCAUAAUAAGCCGUAAUAUAAUAGGCCUAUAUUAUAUUAAUUGUGUAGAAGCAAGCAGUUGGAGUAGAUCUUUUGGGAUGUGUGUGUGUGUGUGUUUGUGUGUUUGUUUAGUUUAUUUCUUAACCUUCUAAAGAACUAUUUAAGACGUGGAUUUGGAGUAAAAUGGGUGCUUCUCGCAGUUUCUUCCUUCUAUCCUAACUUAGCCAGUGCAUAGUGAGUUCAGUGGUUGACCUUUGAAGUUAUCAUUUAUCUCCUUUAUGCACAAUUUUUACUAAAUGUCAGUUGGUAAUAAUAGGGAAUAUUUUCCCUUUUUCCCUCACGUGGCUUAAAAAUAAGUGAUUUCGGGGGGCGGGGCAGAAGGUGGAGAUAUUGCCAGUUCUGACAAUAGAGCAUUAUACAAGUUCCUACAAAGAAAAUAUAGGCAAAUAAGAUCAAAUUUAUUUUUAUGGAGAAUAAAUAUGGCCAUAUUAUGAUAUUCUUUUUUUUUUUACUCAGCAAGUAGCAGGACUUUCUCUUCUAUAUUUAAUAUCAUGUGUAGUGUUAAGGAAGAAAAAAACUAUAACAUCGUUUUUCACAAUUGCAUUCAAAUGUGUACUUUCAAAGAGAUAUUUCUUAUUCCGUCUUCAUUCCAAUAUUUCAUGGAAUAAAUAUGAAAUAGCCUUUUUGGUCCAAGUGACUGGAUCAAAGUCUGGGCCCUAUCUGGGCAUCAGGAAGAAUUUUUGCAGAAACCCUAACUGUCUGUGAGCGGCCCACGUAAACUCUCUGCACCGUGCCAAGACUGGUUAAAGGGUAGGCUCAGCCAGCUAUUUGGUGACUGGCUCUCACAAUGGCAGAAAUCUGCGUGUGAGUGAUUCUCCCACCUUCCCCACACAGUACAUUACUGUGAUGUUUUGGUUUUCUGUAGACACCAUUUGUGUGUUUAUAGAAUAUGUUUUUGUUUUGGUUUAAGAAAUAAGAGCUGUAAUUUAUUUUUCAGUCAGAUCGUGAUCUGGGUCCAUUUUGUGCUUUCUUUACGUUUUUCACAGGUAUCAGUGUUUUUAACUACCUGAUUUUUUCUUCAUCUAUAAAAAUUAAAACAAUUUAUUUUUGUGAGUUAAAAUUGUGGCCAGUGUUCACCUGCUGUACUCAAGCCAGUAAAUACUAAUUUUUAAGUAGACAGUGUGCGGAACUUGUAAGUAAGGGUGCUGUGGAUUCGUUUUUGGAAAUUUUAGCCCAUUAACUGGCUAAGUUGAAAAAAAAAAGCUUUCAGUAAGGUAAUACAUAUAACCACUAAAACAAACGAAUACAUGUGUCUUUUUCUCAACUGGUAAAAACUCAGUCCCCACUGUCAGUCCGUUACACUAUCUCACCCAGCAUUAACUCAGAUCUGCUCCGUACUGCACCACUGGUCUCCGCAGCAGCUGGGGGCCGAGGCGGCCUUAACCGAGAUCCAGUGACUUUCCUAGUCGCAUAAAGUUCCUGGCUCUGGUGCAUCCCUUUAUCUCGUGGGAAUGACUGAACCCUGAGGUUCGUGCCGCCAUGUCCGGACUCGACAGCCUCUGUCCUUCCCUCAGUCUCAUUUACGAACAAUAUUACUGCACAGAUACAGAUCCUGCAGCUUAGGAAGGCAGCAGUGGUGGCAUUCAGCUAGUUGUAAGCAAGUACAAAUAUGUAAAACAAUUAUGAUUUAAUGUAUGCAAUUUUAAUUGUAAUAGCAGAUAAUAAUUUUCCUGUAUCGGUUCAAAUAAGGAACUUCUGUUAACCUACUAUCCACUGUACUGUAACUCCUAAUGUCACAUAAGAUAAUGCUCCAGUAUAGGUUAACCAUGUAAACAGCACCAGGCUGGCAUUUGUAAUAGUUUAGUAUCCUAGAAAUACAGUGAACUUCAUAAGCAUCAGUUAAUUUUUAAAGCAUACAAAACUGAAAAUUCUGACUGAAAUCAUCUUAUAAACUCAGAGAGAAAAAACAAGCCCAUCUUUAUUACUACUUAAAUACUUACCUUGGAUACUGUUCUGUUUUUUAAUAACUCCAAUUAUUGCCUUUUUAAUGAACUCUACUGUAUUUAUUCUUAUGAGAUGCGCAGGUAUUUAUCAAACACCUACUUUGUGCCCAGCACUACUUAGUACUGUAGGGGAAUGUCAAGUUGAAGUGUGGUCUCUGCCCUUGCAGGUAUCUUCUCCAGGAAAUAGGCAGUAUUAUUUUAACUUCUAAGUGAACUCAAGCAAAAGAGGGCCCAUUCACUUUCAGAAAGCAUAACUUCAUUAGUUUCAACUGAGAUAUACUAUGCUAUGUAGAAGUGGAAGUAAAAAUAUUUUAAUUUGUAAAAUUUAAAGAACACUUUAAAGGUUAAUAAUUUAAUGUUGGCAGUAGAGGGUCAUGGCUGAGCCUGGAAGGGAGCAGAAGACCUGGAUUUUUGUCCAAGUUCUGCCAUUUUUAUAUCAGCUGUGUGACCUUGAAUAAGUCACUUAUUCUUUCUGAGUCUUAGUUUUCUCAUUUUUUAUUUUGGAUAAAAAUGCAGUUAAGAACAACAUAGAAAAGCAUUCCUUAAUCUAUUAACACUUCAUACUUGCAGUUAAUGUAUCAUUAUUUAAGUUACAACUGAUAAUUAACAAAUGCACAUUAAUAUGCAUUUUUAAAUUAAAACAUUUCUCAUAAAAUUUGUUUUAUAUCAAAUAUAUGCCCAGAGCAUGCUACCUAAAAAAUCUGAAGAAUCUCUAACAAGGUGCUGAAUCAUUAUCAAAAUUAGUGCUUGAAGUGAAAGAAAAGUGAAAUAGUUUAUAGAUAAGAGUGAUAAUGUUUAUCCUCAAUUAAGUAAUCUUUAUCCUCAAGUGAUCAUUAAGAUGACGUAAGAUAAUUGAAAGAUAGUUUUAGGUGUUUCUCAAAGAGGAAUUAGGAUGGUACUGCUCCACAGUCUGCUUACUCUUCAGGCACUAGAGAAAGGGAAAAAUGUCAUGGAAUUAAAAUGACUUAGCAACAACCCCUGGACCCAGGGGGUAAGACAAGGUGGAUCCAGAGAUGGGAGUCAACAAAGACAGCUCAGUGUGGCUGACCAGCAUGGCUUGCUGGGCAGAGCGAGAAACCACUGUGGUAGUGUAGGAAAGGAGACAUGAUGGGACAUCCUCAAAGGGAAAGAUUCUUUUCACUUUUCUUAAGAGAUGCUUUCUGUAGUGACAAGACAUUCCCCAAAGAGUUCAUGAAUGAACUCUGGCAGUGUACCACUGCCAGGAGUAACUAUUGCAGUGUAUCAGCAUUUUAUGAUUUCACAUUGAGGUGAAAGCUUAAUUACGUCAAUCUGAUCAAUUUUCAAAAAUUCACUUUUCUCAUGAAGUUUUAGGCUAAUUGCUCCCUCCAAAAAGAGAAGCUAAAGAUCACUAGCUGUUUGCAGAUGCUCUAGACCUUCAUCUAAAGCUGCCUUGAGAAGGUUGAGCAUCAGACCAUUAGGAAAAAUGUGUUGCCAGUAAAUAAAGGAGACGAAACUCGGAUGGGGCGGUGGUUUGCCUGGGGUCACAGUGGAUCCCAGACCUCUGGGACCGUGCUUCCUGCCACAGCCCCUGCUCUGUGACGCUGUGCAGCCUCCUCUCGUCCUGUGGAGCAUGAUGUUGCUGGGCUCACUAGAAGCCAGGUGAAAGAAAGGAAAGGAAAUAUACUCACUACAUUGCUGUUGGACUAAAGUAAUUUUCCUACUGUAAUCUCCUGUAAUUUUCCUACUGUAGCCUUACUAAAAGCCCUACCCUUAUUUUAUUUUGUUCCUCAGUCAGUGAGCACCAUGCCAUAAAAGUCAGAUAUUUUAUAUCCCUUACAUAAGCAGAAUUUUAAAAAUUAAAGUCAUGAAGAAGCAAAUGCCUAUUUCCAAAACAAUUAGCUUAUCGUGUUUGACUGUGGUUUUCUUCUUUAAUACUAUUUUUCCUGUCUGAUGGACAGGGGAAAAUAGUACUCCUUUACCUGUGCAGAGCCUCCCUCUCACCCUCAGUGCCCUCUCUAGUGUCCUAAAGCUUUGUCUUAACAAGUGCAACAUCCAGGUUUUUGUUCAACCCCUUUUGAAAUUGUAUUCAGUGGUUCUUCCAACAGGCUGAUCUGCUCUGCACUGUUUCACUAAUAAACCCUGGCUACCACGUAGCCCUUGACCUCCAAGUAGCUUACCUAUGCAAGACCAGUGACAUUCUGAGCUCACUUUUCCUUAUUUCAGAAAGCAGUCCUAAGUGGAACUUAAUCAUAAAGAUAAACCUUGCCUCCACUCAGUUUUAGUUCGGCCAUUUCCUUUUCAAAGUGUCAGCGAUUUUCCCCUAAUAUUUUUCACCAAAACAAUGAUCAUAAGUCCUGGAAUAUAUAAUAUUUUGCAGGAAUAAAGUAACCCGGACGUACUCAUGUUUCUGUGGUAGGUUUUGGUUGGUAACAGUUAUCAGCAUUAAGUGGAUUGUGUAACGAGGAGUUCAUACGUUGCCUAGAGUCAUUUCUUCCCCCGAAGAUUCAUAAGUAACCUCUUAUUUUUACAAAGCAUGCAUAUAACUUCCACAUUAUAGUCAGGGACCUAAGGGGCCACUUGCUACGUGAACCCUAAGGUUAUUUUAUCUUGCAAAAGAAACCUAAACCAAACUAAGGGCCUUACAUUUAUGGUUAGACUGAAUCAAAAUCUAUAACCUCAGUUUUUCCAAAACAGCUUCUGACUGCAAACGCAAGUCAUGCAGUUGUUAGGUAAGAAAUAGCACUGAUGAGGAAAUGCACGUGCAACUUCGCAGACUGUAUUUCCUUCCCAAAAGACUUUUCUACUUUUAAUAUAAAUUAAGCCAUAACAGUUUCAUGCUGUGGAAAGAGGGUGAAAGGUUCAUUUGAAGAGAUUAUAUAAAAGGAGUUUUCACAUUUACUGUGAAAUGUCUAACUUUGCCAGUGCUUCAGCAGGUUUUUUUGGGGGGAUGGGGGUAGAGGGAGGUGAUACGGUGGGGUAGUACUGAUUUUAGGGGUUUCCAAUCUGUGAAAUUUGAAAAGGGGACAGUUGUUGGCUAUGGUAUUUAUUAGUUUUGUAGUAAUGUUUUGCUAGCCUGACUGACUUUCCUUAACUGAUUUUUAAUGCCCGUGGUCCACAGUGACUGUUACCCUCUCUUAUUUGGGGUGUCUGCAGAGUAGUGUCUUGUCUGUUUGUGUAGGCAGUCCGUGUGUGUGCACAUGUGUGUCCUUGGACUCCAGAAGCACACUGUGCGACUACAGAGUGGGGUGUGGCUGGGAAGUGGGAUGCUGAAGCUUUAAGAGCAUUUUUUUCGAUUCAUAACAGUAUUUCCCAUCUUUUGCCUGCAGGCAGGGAAAGUGUACAGUAUUUAUUUUGCUUCUGUUUUAAAUUUGUAAGUCUUUAAAUAGCUUACAUUGGUUAUUAGAGGGGAGGAAAGUGACUUGUUUAAAGUUGUAUUUGGUAUUCUUACUUUCCAAUUUCUGUAUUUUAAAAUAUUGAAAUUAAAAUUGUAUUACUUCUGUUUUGA